UCUUAGUCUAAUUCACUAACUGUAACUGAUGUCCUUUCAAAUGCCAUCCUCCGAAGCAGUUCCUGUUGGAGCUAUUUUGUUCUUUUGCCACAGAUUGUUUUUAAAGAAUUAUGGGAAAUGACAACAAAAGAAUCAAAUUUCAGUUUUUCACAGAUGAAACUACAGAAUGCAUGGAGUACUGUAACCCUGUCAGACAAUCGCAGGUGGCCUACCACUGACAAGUCCCUGCAGCUGUGUGCAGUUGUGAUCUCCUUUCCCCUUUUGUCAUGGACUUCUCUGAUGCAUGUAAGUCUCCUCCCUCUCCAAAAGAAGUGAUAAACUAAGGAAGAAAGCAUUUCUAGGAAGACGUUAUGCUUCACAGCAUCAUUAGCCGUGACCUGAUGAAAACUGGGAAGAGCAACCAGAUCUUUAUUGAGCCCCAGACAGGGGUGUGAGAAACCAAUGAUGACAACCUUCAGAAAGUGGCAAACUGCUCAGAAACAGUAGCAGACUUUGAAACAGCUGCAGAAAUCCCAUGAGGUCCUUUCUUUAUGUGGGCCUGUGCAAAGAAAUUGUUUUGUCAUAGCAGCUCCCUCAGCACAUCAACAAACUUUGCGAAAAAGCUGGAAGAAUUUCUGAAUUUUAAACAAUUAAAGACAUCUUUGAAGGAAGCUAUUUUGCUAGAUUAUUAUACUGACGGAUUUUGGUGGGCUAAAGAAAAGAACUUCAGUCUUGUGCAGCUCUCAGGAUUCAUGGAUCUAUUAAACUUCCUGUUGGAGAACCUCCGUGACAAACAUAUGACCUUAGGAGAUAACAUAAAGGAACUUGGAAAAGCAAUGGCUGGAAUAGGAGAAACUGAUUCGGAAAGAAGUGGUGACAUGGAUGUCUUCAGCAUUGAGCAAGCCAAAGCAAUCAUUGAUUACUUGAAUAUCAGUUUACUUAAACCCUAUAAAUUGUAUGAACAUCUCUUCCACAGUCCUAGAGAAGAACUUGUGAUAAGUAAUAAGUAUGUGAUUGAACUUGCCCCACCUGCAGUUACCCCCUUCCCUCCUUUACUGGAAGAAGGUAUGCCUUCAGAGAGCUGUGCAUCAUUGAUAGUAUUGCCAAUAGCUGCAGAGAUGGAAUCAAAGGGAUCUGAUCAAGAAGGUCACCUGGAAGAACCCUGUCCAGAGGCAGAGUCCCUUGAGGCAGGUGCUGUGGCUGCUUUCACUGUUGAAGAUCAGAAGUCUGCAGUGGGUGGAAUCCCAGAUGAAAUUAUUGGCAACCUUGAGGCAGAGAUAAAUGAAAAGCUGCAAAUGCAAGAAUAAGCUUAUACUUUGAGAACAGAAAAAUUAAAAAGUCCUAAAUAACCAGAUAAGGUGAUGUUGAAUUUUACAGAAACUGGGGGGGUGGGGAGUGAUACACACAGAAGACUGGCUCUCUGCCAGAGCAUAAUUAUUUUUGUAUAAAGGAAAAUGGUUCACUUAACUUUUACCUAGAAAUAGUUCAUCCAAGUUCCUCAAAUUCACUGUGUUCUGCCAGGGUUGUUGUUUAGUUUAGACUUAAGUGGGAGACUGUAAACAGAAGAAUAUGUAAUACAAGCAUGUUGAAGUUCAGUUUAUUUCUGAAUAUAAAUCUCAGUUAAAAAAACAAAACAAAACAAAACAAAAAAAAAACACAAAACUCUCUAGUUUUAUUAUUUCUUUCUUCCAGUUGUGAAAUGCUUAAAAGUUUCUGCUUUCUCUGGAUAUUUUGCUGGAAGGAGAAUACACAGAAAGAAAAUAUAAUUUUGAGGCAUUGCAGAUACAAUAAGGAGAGAAUUUAAUUAACAUGUAAUUAUACACUUUUUUCUAUAGUUAUUCAUUAAUAACAUGUAUGUUAUUUCAUUUUAUUUUUUUUCUAAGCUUUUAAACUAGUUUCAUAUAUUACAGUUCUUUAUUUCCACCAUACUAAAAUUGCAUAAAAGAAGAGUAUGUACUUUUACAGUCUUCCCAGAAAGAAUUCCUUUUGAUUUCCAUGGAUUUUCUUCUGGAAUAUGUGUAACGUUUCAUCUGAAAAUGUAUUUUCUAUUCCUCUGUAUGUUAACAUCAUUCCGUAUUUUGUCAGACAUUAUAGAAAUGUUGUAAACACAAGAGGAAUCUAACUAUAUAAUAAUUGACAUCAGAACUGGUUUAACGUCUGUUUCAAAAUAGUAAACUAUACUAAUUGCUAUGUUACAGAACUCUGUGCCCUAAAAAGCAUGUUAAAAACAAGUCAUGCUUUCAAGCAUAAGGGCUGGAUUGCAUGUUUAAGGGAAUAUUUAAGAAACAGAAUAUUUUAUUCGUUACAAUUUUGUAUUUGUUUCUCAUUAAGUAAAAUGUUAGGCUUUGUUUCACUUCACCCACAUUUUUAUGGUGAUAAUGAAAAAUUUUCGCAAGCCUGACUCAUCCAGGCAAAAAUGACAAUAACCUGAAAUAGUUUGCCUAAAAGGUCUUGUUUGUCACUGCCUGCCUUGCAUGGGUGUGCUCCCUGGUUGUGCUCAGAGCUGAGAGCACAGCCAGAAGGGGGCAUUGCCUGCACGUUGUUCAUCAGAAAGAGCUCCCAGAAUUAAAAGACAAUAUUCAGUAGCUGCAUUUGAGUGCCAAUAGCCUGGAAGUACUCUUUAAAGUACAUGUCAGAUGUGUGGGCACUGGACUUCUGUAAAGCAGUUGUUGAGAUGUUAAGUGGGCAGAAUAUUUUAGUUGGUCUCACGUGUUGAGAAAAAUUCUUCCCGUUACAUGAUCAGAAGUAAGCUCUAUAGCAAUUCACUAAAAGUUUUCUUCAUUUUUCUAUCCAACAUGGGCCACCAAGUUAAUAAGAGCUUCCUUUCAGC